UUUAUUCUUGUUAGCCUAAGAAUUCAUCUUGGCAAAACGCAAAGAUUUUUAAACAUUGCUGCAAAUUGUCUUGCAAAAUACUGUAUUACCGUUCCUUUGUAACCUUGACUACGCCACGAUUGACAAUGAAAACUGAAAGUGAAUGGCGUGCCAUCUUGACUCCUCAACAAUUCCGGGUAUUAAGAGAAAAGGGUACUGAAGCCCCAGGUACUGGUGAAUAUAACAAACAUGACAAAGAAGGAGUUUACAACUGUGCCGCCUGUAAUGCACCUCUUUACAAAUCGACAACGAAAUUCAACAGUGGUUGUGGUUGGCCUGCCUUUUUUGAUGCUAUUCCUGGAGCAGUGGUUCGUCAUGAAGAUACGUCUCAUGGUAUGAAAAGAAUCGAAAUAGUAUGUGCGAACUGUCAGUCUCAUUUAGGUCAUGUCUUCCAAGGAGAAGGGUUCCCUACACCUACAGAUGAACGUCAUUGUGUCAAUAGUAUAUCUCUUAAAUUCAGUGAUCAAAAAGAGUAGAUCUAGAUUACUUUUUAUUGUUAUUUUUCAAUAAAUGUCUAUCCUUAUCCAAUUUUUUUUU